ACCGAGAUUGUAUCGUGUCAGGCCUGGCACUGUGUGGUGCUGAUAUUAAGGUGGCGUCUGUGCUAAUCCGAGGCCAAGAUAUAGCUGAUGUGGAGCGCGCCAUACAGACUCUUGCAGAGCACAAGUUUCCUCUCCACAAAAGCUUUGGGCUCAUGUAUGCAUGUGUUGGUCGAGGAGCUCAUGUCUACGGUACGCAGAAUGUGGAAUCUAACAUAUUCCGGAAACAUUUCCCCAACACUCCAUUGUUGGGCUUUUUUGGAAAUGGUGAAGUUGGAUGCAACUUUCCUCCACUAGAUCCACUGUUUGUUGGAGAAGCAGAAUUGAAGUCUAGGAUUCAGUCAUUAGAAACCCAGAAUUCAUCCGCAGGUAGCAGAGAGGACAGAAUGUCAGAGAUUCAGCUGAAACGCGAUUUGGCCGAGAUGCGGCGUAAGCAGGAGCUGUACCGGAUGAGACACCCACCCAAAUUGUUGCAUGCUUAUACCACAGUCAUGUGCCUUGUUUCAUUGCCAUAA